AGUGCAUUUUUCACACGGAAAAUUGUAUCUAGAGAAUACAAAUUUAUCGCAUUUGUGGACUUUUCCCGCCCAUGGUGGCGUUCGUGGUGGAAUUUUGGUGGCAAAAGAACAUUUCAACCUCGACAAUGAAGUAGAUAAUCAGUUCUGUAAUUCUUGUCAGCGGAUGGUGUGAUCCCUGAGGAAGACAAUCCAACUGAUUUUUACAUUCAGCAAUUUUUGUGGUGUUUGGUGACCAAGAAAAAAAGCAAUACAUUCUUCAACAUUUGGUUUCAAGACUUGAGAGACGGAAAUUUGCGCACUUUUUUCGUCUCAGUGUGAGUGUGUGUGUUGAAUACUUCAGGCACAUAGAGGAGUCCUGCCAGCAAGAAUCCACUCAAAGGAAAAUUGUGACGACAAGGAGAAUGAGGAAUCCUCUACUUGACACUCUACCAACGGCAUCGAAAUUUCCCAUGCUUGCACUUUUACUCUUUAUCCUCCUGAUAUGGACACAACCAAUCUAUGGAUCUCAUGGAAAUUUCUCGGAUUUUCCAUUCAUCCAAUACCUGACACAUCCACCGGAGAUUGUGAAGAAGCCUGCAAAUCAAGGUGUUCGUGUGGGUGGAGUGGCGAGUUUCUUCUGUGCAGCGCGCGGUGAUCCGCAACCGACAAUUAUCUGGCGGAAAAAUGGCAAGAAAGUUUCCGGCACACAGAGUCGAUAUUCAGUGAUUGAGGCUCACGGGGUGUCGAUUUUGCGAAUUGAACCUGUCCGAGCUGGCCGAGAUGACGCUCCAUAUGAAUGUGUGGCUGAGAAUGGCGUUGGCGAUGCAGUUUCAGCCGAGGCCACCCUUACAGUCUACGAAGCUGACAAAACUCCAAGUGGAUUUCCUGUAAUCACGGUUCAGCGGCCGAGCACCAGAGUUAUUGAAAUUGGGCACACAGCUGUGAUGCAAUGCAAAGCGAGCGGAAAUCCAAUUCCUAAGCUGUAUUGGCUGAAGGAUUCCAAACGUGUAGAUAUGACUAAUCCUCGAUAUUCUAUGAGCGAUGGAGGAGAUCUUCAGAUUAAUAACAGCGAAGAGGAUGAUAUGGGAAAAUAUGAAUGUGUGGCGGAAAAUCCAGUUGGGACUGAGCAUUCAAAGCCAACAGUGUUGUAUGUGAAAGUUCGACGUGUUCCACCUCAAUUCUCUCGUCGUCCGGAGGCUCUCAGUGAAGUGAUGCUGGGAUCCAACUUGACGCUCACAUGUGUCGCAGUUGGGAGUCCGAUGCCCUAUGUGAAGUGGCGAAAAGGUGAUCAGGAAUUGACACCAGACGAUCAACUACCGAUUGGACGGAACAUUUUAGAGCUGACAAACAUUCAACAUAGUGCAAAUUAUACAUGCAUUGCUGCCUCAACUCUAGGAAUAAUUGAUGCUCCGGCAAUUGUGAAAGUUCAGUCCCUCCCCACGGCACCGACAGAAGUCUCCAUUUCGGAAGUAACAGCAACAUCGGUACGCCUUGAGUGGUCGUAUAAGGGACCCGAAGACCUGCAAUACUAUGUUAUCCAGUAUAAGCCCAAGAAUGCCAAUCAGGCAUUCAGUGAAAUAAGUGGCAUAAUUACGAUGUUUUAUGUUAUCCGUGGCCUGAGUCCAUACACAGAGUAUGAAUUCUAUGUAAUUGGUGUUAACAAUAUUGGACGUGGACCACCUUCGAUUCCAGCCACAUGCACAACGGGUGAAACAGAAAUGGAAAGUGCGCCGAGAAACGUGCAAGUGCGUCCGCUCAGCUCUUCAACCAUGGUUAUUACAUGGGAGCCACCUGAAACGCCAAAUGGCCAAGUUACGGGCUAUAAAGUCUACUAUACGACAAAUCCUAAUCAACCGGAGGCAUCGUGGGACUCCCAAAUGGUAGACAAUAGCGAGUUAACAACAAUAUCUGAAUUAACGCCACACGCCAUUUACACUGUUCGUGUGCAGGCGUUCACGUCCAUGGGUCCCGGACCGAUGUCGAAUCCGGUGCAAGUGAAAACCCAACAAGGCGUACCAUCGCAGCCAAGUAAUUUCCGGGCAAUUGAUAUUGGAGAGACAUUUGUGACGCUAUCUUGGUCGAAGCCAUUGCAUUCCGGUGAAAAUAUUGUUCACUAUGAACUGUACUGGAAUGAUACAUACGCCAAUGAGCAACAUCAUAAACGCAUUGGUAAUACUGAGAGUCACAAUUUGUCUGGAUUAUAUCCUGACACUCUCUACUAUAUUUGGCUGGCCGCGAGAUCGCAGAGGGGCGAAGGUGCCACCACGCCGCCGAUUCCCGUUCGCACGAAGCAGUAUGUACCUGGAGCACCGCCACGCAAUAUAACGGCAGAAGCCACAAGUGCAACGACUAUUGCGAUUUCGUGGCAACCACCGCCAAUUGAGCGAUCGAAUGGACGCAUAAUCUAUUACAAAGUGUUCUUUGUGGAGGCCGGUCAGUCGGACAGUGAGGCAACUGUCACAACACUGAACACGACCGAAAUCGUAUUGGACGAAUUAAAAAAGUGGACUGAAUACAAGAUUUGGGUUCUUGCUGGAACAAGUGUUGGCGAUGGACCGAAAUCCUAUCCAGUCACUGUCCGUACACAUGAAGAUGUGCCCGGAGAUCCUCAAGAUGUGAAGGCAAUUCCGCUCAAUUCCACAUCAAUUCACGUGAGUUGGAAGCCACCGGUUGAGAAGGAUCGCAAUGGCAUCAUUCGUGGCUACCACAUUCACAUUCAAGAGUUGAAAGAAGAGGGCAAAGGCUUCCUGAAUGAGCCUCUGAAGUACGACGUGGUGGAGGGCCUGGAAUACAAUGUGACAGGUCUGCAGCCGGACACUCGCUACUCCGUCCAGGUGGCCGCUCUCACGCGCAAGGGUGACGGCGAUCGAAGCUUGCCAAUCAACGUGAAGACUCCGGGAGGAGUGCCAACGCGUCCAGUGGUGAAUUUGAAGGCUCUGCGAGAUCCAACAGUGUCCAUUGAGUUGGAAUGGGAGCGCCCGAAGCAGACUUACGGGGAGUUGAGGGGAUACCGCUUGCGCUGGGGCAUGAAGGAUCACGUCCUCAACGAGGAGGUCAUCCAGGGUGCUCAGGUGAACACGAAGAGAUUCAAUGAUCUCGAGCGUGGGGUGGAGUAUGAGUUCAGGAUUGCGGGCAUGAAUCAUAUUGGGAUUGGUCAGGAGGCUGUGAAGUACUACACGACGCCCGAGGGCGCACCCAAUGGGCCACCAACGAAUAUUGCUGUGAGAUUCCAGACACCAGAUAUCGUGUGCAUAUCCUGGGAUCCGCCCCAUCGGGAACACAGGAAUGGACAGAUUAGUCGCUUUGAUGUGCAAUUCCACAAGAAGAUCGACCAUGGAUUGGGCACAGAGAGAAACACCACGGGCCACAAGGUGGUGUUCACGGGAUUGGAGGAGAACACGGAGUAUGUGUUCAGGGUGAGGGCAUACACGAGGCAGGGCGCCGGUCCGUUCAGUGAGAAGGUGAUCGUGGAGACAGAGCGAGACAUGGGCAGAGCCCCGAUGUCCGUCCAGGCGGUGGCGACGUCUGAGCAGACGGUGGAGGUGUGGUGGGAACCGGUGCCGUCACGAGGGCGUCUCAUUGGGUACCAAAUCUUCUACACCAUGACGGCCGUUGAGGAUCUAGAUGAGUGGCAGACGAAGGUGCUGGGGCUCACGGAGUCGGCUGACCUCAUAAAUCUGGAGAAGUACGCUCAGUAUGCGAUAGCAAUUGCCGCGAGAUUUAAGGGUGGCCUCGGGAGACUGAGUGAGAAAGUCACAGUGAAGGUGAAACCAGAGGAUGUGCCACUGAAUUUGCGUGCCCAGGAUGUGAGCACUCACUCCAUGACACUGAAUUGGUCGCCGCCGAUUCGGCUGAAUCCCACCAACUACAAGAUCUCCUUCGAUGCCAUCAAGGAGUUUGUGGACUCGCAGGGCAUCACACAGACGCAAAUAGUGCCCAAGAGGGAGAUUAUCCUCAAGCACCACGUCAAGUCGCACACGAUUAAUGAGCUCUCCCCAUUCACCACCUACAGUGUCAAUGUGAGCGCCAUUCCGGCCGACUACUCCUACAAGCCACCCACGAAAAUCACCGUGACCACCCAAAUGGCAGCUCCUCAGCCCAUGGUGAAGCCUGACUUCUAUGGCGUGGUCAAUGGUGAGGAGAUUCAAGUGAUUCUGCCGCAAGCAUCAGAGGAGUACGGUCCAAUAUCACACUACUAUCUAAUCGUGGUGCCAGAGGAUAAGUCAAAUUUGCACAAGAAUCCCGAUCAAUUCCUCACUGAAGACAUGCUGCCAGGGCGACGAAUCGAGCGCGCCAAUGCACCCUAUAUUGCAGCCAAGUUUCCCCAGAGGAACAUUCCCUACACCUUCCACUUGGGCUCCGGGGAGAUUUACCACAACUUCACGAACAAGAAAUUGGAGCGCGGGAAGAGGUACAGAAUCUUCGUUCGAGCUGUUGUGGACACUCCGCAGAAGCAUCUCUACACUUCGAGUCCAUUCUCGGAAUUUCUGGCAUUGGAUAUGCGUGAAGCUCCACCCGGAGAGCCACCAAAUCGUCCACUACCCAAUAUUCCGUUCGAUCCAGAAGUGUCGGUGAAUAAGAACUCAGAUGAGCCUGGAAUGCUAUGGGUUGUGGGGCCAAUAAUUGCGGCUCUUCUGCUGUGUGUCAUCUUUGUCUUUAUCUAUGUUAUGAAGCGCAGGAGGCAGUCUUGCAAGACUCCCGAUCAAGCGGCCGUGACACGCCCACUGAUGGCAGCAGACUUGGGAGCUGGACCUGCUCCAUCGGAUCCGGUGGACAUGAGGAGGUUGAACUUCCAAACUCCGGGCAUGAUAAGCCAUCCGCCGAUUCCCAUCACGGAGUUUGCCAAUCACAUUGAUCGCCUGAAAGCGUCGGACAAUCUGAAAUUCUCCCAGGAAUAUGAGAGUAUCGAGCCUGGUCAGCAGUUCACGUGGGAUCAUUCGAACAUGGAGGUGAACAAGGCAAAGAAUCGCUACGCCAAUGUGACUGCUUAUGAUCACAGUCGAGUUAUUCUGCAGACAACGACGGACUCACAAGGAUCGGAUUAUAUUAAUGCCAACUAUUGCGAUGGAUACAGGAAGCAUAACGCCUAUGUGGCCACUCAAGGACCGCUGCAAGACACCUGUGCAGACUUCUGGAGGAUGUGUUGGGAACUGAGGACAUCCACCAUUGUCAUGAUGACGCGACUUGAGGAGAGAGCGAGGAUCAAGUGCGAUCAGUACUGGCCAUCGCGUGGCAGUGAAACUUAUGGACAGCUCACGGUGACAAUCUCAGAGACUCAGGAACUGGCCACGUACAGCAUUCGGACAUUCCAGAUCUGCAAGCAAGGCAGCGGUGAGAGACGUGAAAUCAAGCAAUUGCAGUUCACAGCGUGGCCAGAUCAUGGUGUUCCCGAUCAUCCGGCGCCCUUCCUUCAGUUCCUACGUCGCUGUCGCGCUCUCACGCCUCCAGAUUCGGGUCCCGUGAUUGUCCACUGUUCAGCUGGUGUGGGCAGAACUGGGUGCUUCAUUGUCAUUGACUCAAUGAUAGAGAGAAUGAAGCAUGAGAAGGCCAUUGAUAUUUACGGGCAUGUGACUUGCCUGCGAGCGCAACGAAACUAUAUGGUUCAGACGGAGGAUCAGUAUAUCUUCAUCCACGAUGCCAUUUUGGAGGCGAUCAUCUGCGGAACCACAGAAGUGGCGGCUAGAAAUCUGCACAAUCACAUUCAGAAGUUGAUGCAAACGGAGCCUGGAGAGAACAUCACGGGAAUGGAGGUGGAGUUUAAGAAGUUGUCCAACAUCAAAGCGGACAGCACACGCUUCGUUACGGCCAAUUUGCAGUGUAACAAGCACAAGAAUCGCCUGGUGCAUAUUCUACCCUAUGAAUCCAGUCGAGUCUGCAUUAGUCCCAUUCGUGGCAUCGAGGGCAGUGACUACAUAAACGCCAGCUUCAUCGAUGGGUAUCGCUACCGGAAUGCUUACAUUGCUGCUCAGGGACCCCUCCAGGACACGGCUGAGGACUUCUGGCGAAUGCUGUGGGAGCACAAUUCGACAAUCGUGGUGAUGCUAACGAAACUCAAGGAGAUGGGACGGGAAAAGUGCUACCAAUACUGGCCACAUGAGCGAUCUGUCCGCUAUCAGUGCUACGUUGUGGAUCCCAUUGCGGAGUAUAAUAUGCCGCAGUACAAGCUGCGGGAGUUCAAGGUGACGGACGCACGGGAUGGCUCAUCCCGCACUGUGCGACAGUUCCAGUUCAUCGACUGGCCCGAGCAGGGUGUGCCAAAGUCCGGCGAGGGCUUCAUCGACUUCAUCGGGCAGGUGCACAAGACGAAGGAGCAGUUCGGCCAGGACGGCCCCAUCACGGUGCACUGCAGCGCCGGCGUGGGACGCACCGGGGUCUUCAUCACGCUCAGCAUCGUGCUGGAGAGGAUGCAGUACGAGGGCGUGCUGGACGUCUUCCAGACGGUGCGCAUUCUGCGCUCCCAGCGCCCGGCCAUGGUGCAGACUGAGGAUCAGUAUCAGUUCUGCUAUCGCGCCGCCCUGGAAUACCUGGGCUCCUUUGAUCACUACGCCAACUAAGUGGGAUCGUGCCUCGCGAGCAACGUAUUCUCUAUGAAACAAUCCGCAACAAGAUGCAUUUAAUAUCGUUGAGAAUGUUUUUACAGAAUAUUUUUCCGAUAAUACCGUAGAUUUAAGGUCGCAUGGGAGAAUGAUAUUGGCGGGGUUUGGUUAGAUGUUGAGGGGGUGUGGCAAAUUGCUGGACAAUUGAAUUUGUACUCCAGGUCGAAAAGAGAGAGAGAGAGAGAGAGAGAGAGAGAGAGAGAGAGAAUGAAUUUUUGCCCUAAACAUUUAAUUGUAGGUGUUUAACAAAGAAAAAAAAAACGUGAACUCGUGAACUUACUAUAGAGCAUAAACUACCGUGCAUUAUUCUACUGAGGUUUUGCCAAUUACAUAUAUUUAAAGGGAUGAAAAACAUAUGAUAAAAAGUCGCUCGCAAAGGUUUAAAGAAGAAAAAAAACCCAUUUUCAAAGACUCUAAGUAAUGCUUUUCCUUUUUCGUGAAACGCUAUUAGUAUCACUGUAUGAUAAAAAAAGGGGGUUUUAGAAGAUGCGGGAUUGUAUAACUCUAUUUACUUAAGAUGCAAUGAAUAGCCUCUGAUGAUCCAUAUCAAGUGAAAUGAAUAAUUGUAAACGAUAUAUUGUGAAAGUUAUAAUUUUUAAAUACUCUCUGGCAGCGCAAAUUCAUUUCGAGAUGGGUUCAGAUAAUAUGAUAAGCAGCAUCAAAUGCAAUGGAAUACUCGUUAAAAUUGCAUGCAAAUCCAAUCGUGAAGCAUCACCAUAACACGCGCGUGCGAUCAUUUUGCAAUUUCCUCAUUCCAAAAAUACUGUGCACGCAGCAUUUUUAACGUGAUACACAGAAUUUAAUCUCAUAUCCUGCAUGAUUUUUCACACAGAGGGCAACAAUAACCUGAUGUGAUGAUAUUAAUUUUUUACAUCACAUUCAUCGUGCCGAUGCCUAUAUAAUGUCUAUAUACAUAUCCAAUGCAGUAUUUUAUUGAACCGGGUAUAAACAUUCUUUUUGCGUACAUAAACUGUGAAGAGAUGAGAGAUUUGAUUUGCCGCGAAAUUCAAUACUUUAAAGACUGACAAAAUGGUGAAUGUGCGAAGGAGAAGAUUAGAAUUUUAAAUGAAACAUUAUAAUCAUUCUUCAUUCGAUUUUCACACACACAACACACACUCUAUUAUUAGUUCUUAGGCUAUAUGUAUAAGCUAUUCACACUCAAAUUACUAAUCUUGAAUCAUAUCUGGGAGGCGAGAUGACACGGAGAUGGCAAACUUAACGUAUUGUUGUAAUGUGUUAGGCAGAAAGGAUGUUUUGCAGUGGAAGGACGAUCAUUUUGCAAGGGUAGGAUUUCGUCCAAGACAUGUACUCAAUUUUAAAGCAUUUAUAGCCAUUUUUUUGAUAUGGACGAUAAACCAAUUGAUGGCAUUUAAAGCAGUGAAGUCAAUUAUCACUCAACUUCAAUGAAUUUUCCGGAAUUAUUCGCCAAAUAUUUGACACCAAUUUUCCAAUAUCUCGAAUGAAUUUUAUGCACUGUGUCAUCAAUAAAAUUGCAACGAAAAAUCCUAUGAGUAUAUUUUAUGAUAAUUGACUUUAGUUCUUAUCAUGCCAUUAAUUUAGACGUAGUUAUUAAAUUUUAUUGCAAUAUUGGUGAUAAUAUUCAUUUUAAUGCUGAGUUAGGAGAAGUAUUUUUAAUGAAAUAUUACGCAUAUAUUUUACAUUAUUUCAUUCGCAAGAAUAUAUCUAACAUUUUAGACAUGACAAACAAUGUAAUGGUAAUUAUAUAAAUUUUGUGUGUAGUUUAGUUUAUUUUCUAUUGUGAAUGGAAGCGAAAAGACGGGAGAAUUGAG